CCCUCCAAAGGGAGUAGCGAGCUGAAUGACGUCUUUGUCAUUAAUCAGUUGGUACCAAAUAGCCGUGUGCUUUGCCCCAUCGGUUUAUAUACCUCUGAAUGUAUGCUUCUCACAGCGAUCCGCCGGUUACCAUGCCAACAGCUCUACACCACCGCCCUUAGAGUAUGAUUGCCUCGCUCCACUAGUAUACGAACAUCACUAGAGAUUCCCCCUCACCUCAAUCCAAUCAUCGAAAGCAAAGAUGUUUACAAUAAACAAUUGUUUACUUCGCCCGUGCUACUUUUAACGAAAACCCCGUGCACCACCGACUCCGUGAGUGUCUGUAUGUGUGUGCGUGUGACGAGACGAUGUAAAGAGAGAGGGAGAGAAGAGGAGGGAACGCCAUGUUGUAUAAAAUUGUUUGAGUUUAGUCUGAUGUGACGAGGCGAGGGGGCCCGAAGUCAGCUGAUACGGAAGUAAACAAUUUCGGAUAUUCACUUAUCCAUCGCCUCUGAAGUGAAGUAAAAGUCUCCCAAAUCCAAACGAUAUCAAUAUCCAGGGAUUAUGUGUUCUUUGAAUGCCGAUCAAUUCACAGGAAUAUCGCCAACUCGAUCGGAAAGACUUGUGUAAUUAGUCCCUAGUGCAUAAUCGAGCUGGCGGUAGCAGUGGGGAGAAAAAAUACUAAACGUCGCGAUUGUUACCUGACCUUCGCUCGGCAUUUUUUUUGUGUUCCGCAGCAGAAUCGUUGAUACCGGGCCGUCGAAUACACCUUUCGCAGAAGGAUAAGGAUUAGUUUUGAAAGGUAGUAAGAAUGCCUAAAGAAUGGACUGGCCCUUCAGAAUAUUUUGCCGCUGGGUUAUAUGGAAACCAAAACAGAAAAGCUGUGUUUCGAUCUGUCCUUCCACCGGAAGGACACUCCCGUGCUUUUAAUGCUAUGGAAUUUGAAGAAGCUGCUGAUUUAUCUUUAAAAAAAACAAAACCAACUAGCUAUGAAACUAGAGAAAAAGUGUAUCCUUCUUCAUAUAGUCUGGAUGAAACUAUGGAUCUAAGUACGAAAUGGCGUGCACCUCCUACCUCAGAGAGGAAACCCCUCAGUUCGAUAAGCUCAACUUUAGCCCAGCCAGCCUCAACAUCAAAUACCUCAGAAUUUGGCAAUCCUGAAAGGACAUCAGAACACAAGCGGAGCAAAUCCUCUCAUCAUGUCCGUAUGCUUCCGCGGAAAAGACUGCAUACAACAACAGAAACGCACCAUAAUAGUGCCAGUAGUUGUUCCUCGCCAGAUGUUAUUGUUCUCUCUGAUGAAGAGCGGCCUCGUCUCAAUGGCCAUCUGAAUGGGUAUGACAGUGAUGCAAAAAAUUCGGACUCUGAAAUGCCCCCUCUGCCACCUGAGAAACAUUGGGAUCCCAAAGAGUUGAAGGAGAAAAUGAGGCAGUAUAAACAGUUCCGUGGUGAAUUGAGAAGUGAGGAAAUGAAGCUUGUACUUCUGAAGAAACUUCAGCAAAGCCAGAUGAUAAAAGAGAAUAUACUUAAUCAAGCGGCUGCUGCUGUAGCAAAUAAAAUUGUUCCUACAGGUAGUAGAAGUGCUUCUAAUACUGCUCCUCCACCCCCAUUAGUAAGGACUGGUCAAAUACCACAGCCCCAAAAUAAGAUGCUUGGGCAACAGUUGUCACAUCAGACUUCUAUGAUGUCUUCACCAUUGAUGUGUAGUCAAAGUGCUCAUGGCGGUCCUCCCCCUCUGAUUGGGCAACGAAGUAGUAAUUCAUCUAGUGGAACAUCUUUGUCAUCUAAUUUAAUGAGUGGUAUCAUGAGACCCAGUCAUAAUUCCUCCUCUAGGACUCCAGUUACAACUCCUCCCAAUAUGGUUAUGGGUUAUAAUCUACACAAUUUGCAACAAUCAGUUCAAAGUACCCAGCAUCAGAUCUCAAUGCCUCAGGCAAAUCCUCAAGCUUGUCCUUCACCAUCUUCAACAAUUCAGACACCCCAAUUGGACCGUAUGGAUAACCAGACCCCUGCUCAGAGACAGGCUGCUGCCAAACUGGCCUUGCGUAAACAAUUAGAAAAAACUCUUCUUCAAAUACCACCACCUAAACCUCCUCCGCCAGAAAUGCAUUUUGUGCCGAAUGCUAACAAUCAAGAAUUCAUUUGUCUUCUAGGUUUGGAAAAGGUGGUAGAUUUCAUUACUGAGGACCCCAAUAUAAAUCGCCCUCCUCCCGAACCUUUUGAAUGUGUUCAGUGUGGCACUGAUUUCAGCCCUGUAUGGAAGUGGCAAGAUGCAGGACGUUCCCGCAUGCACAAACCAUCUGUCAUUUGUGAGACAUGUGUCACAUCUAACAUUAAGAAAGCACUCAAGGCUGAACAUACCAAUCGUCUGAAGACAGCAUUUGUGAAAGCUUUGCAGCAAGAACAGGAAAUCGAACAGAGGAUGUCUCAAGCCAUGCCAAGCCCUCCUCCUCCGAUUGGCAUAUCUCCUACUCACACCCCUUGUUCGACUCCCACCCCUGCUAUAGUUACAUCAAGUGGUACAUCUUCAAUACCAACACCUCCUGCACCUCACAGCCCAGUACAUGGGCUGUUGUCCAAGAUGGGCAAUAAUAGUGGUACCAGCAGCAAUCAGGCUUUGGUGAACUCUGCAAAUCUGUUGCAACACUUGCCAAAACUGAGUGCUGCUCACCAGUCACUUCUACAUGCGCAAGCGCAGCAGUUGCAACAUUUUGCACAGACAAUGCAACCACAGCCACAGCCGGCCCAUAUGUAUCCCUUUGCUCCCUUACUAGCUGCUCAGGCAUAUUCAUAUCAAUUGCUCGGGAAAAACCCAAUGAGCUCAGCCGAAUUGCAGCGACAGUAUUUGCUGGACAUGAUCCCACCAAGAUCACUACCCCAAGGGUCAGUUAAUUGGAAGACAUGAUCUUUUUGUACAUAGUGUUGUUGCAGCAUUUUCUUCUUGUGUUUGUGUAGAGCUGUGAGUACAUCUCUCCUUUGCAUGGCUUUUUAUUGCUCGCGCGCAUAUCUUGUGUGUAUGGACAAAAGCAGAACGUUCAUUGAAUCUCCGGUGACAUUUCUACGUCAGAAUUGGUAACCAAAGAGGUUGCUCAUUUUGUUUUGUAAAAAAUUAAGGACUGCAUUUUCAUAUUUCUUUCUAACAGUAUUUCCAUGCUUUCAUUUGUUAGUUACAGAAAGUAAUCCCCGUCCGCACUUGAUUAAUUAUUAAAGUUCACAGAUGACAAGCUAUUAUAAAUGCUGCUGUCAUUUACUUUCCUUCUUUUCUCUGUGAGUUACUGUUAUCAGUAUUUUGGUUUAUUUGAAAUAAGCAAUCAAAUAACUUUGCUCUUGUAUCCAUCUGUGAGCUGCAAGGGAAUUGUUUUAGCCUUUCUCCCCCGCCUACUAUAAUGAAGUGAUUAACUUGUUUGUCUGUAUUGUGAAUUUGUUGUCAUUCAUAUGUUAUUUAUUUCUUCUAUGCAUUUUUUUUCAAUACUUAAAUGUUAUGGAUGCUUAACAAUUUGCUGCUGUUUGUUAAUGUAAAAUGUUUUUCUACAGUAAAUUUAAUUAUGUUAGCAUGCUUUCAAAUAAGAAAUAUCACAUUUUUUUUUUUUUUUUUUCAUUUCCAUUAAUGAAAACUGGAUGGGGCACGUUGAUCCUCACUUAAGACACUGUUGCGGAUGAUAAAAUGUUUAGGAGAUAUCAUCUGCAAUGUUUUUACAUAGUUUGUUUGAAGGGGAUAAAAAUCCUCAAACUGUGAUUCAACCAUAGAUCCUUUUUCAAAUACUUUGUGGAAAUCUACAUUCUUUGAGCUUUAUGUAUAAACGUUUGUUCUAAGUCUAAAAUCAGGGCAGGACUAAUAUUUGUUACAUUUAAACGCAGUUUGUUAUAUCUCAAGCUCAGGGCGUUAUUUAAUACUGGAUUUUAAGAACAUUGAAUGUUAUUGUAGCUAAAAACAAUCGCUGAGCUUUAAUGUGAAAGGAAUCUUUAAAAAAAAAAUUUCUUAAUUUUUUUUUCUCGUUUAUCAAGGUUUAAUUUGAUGGCAAGUGGGUAAAACAAAAAUUGAAUUUUAUAAUGAAACCUUUCUCAAUAGAUAGAUCUAAGUGUGUAUUUAUAUAUAAAAGAAACUUCUUAUACUCUCAUGCAUCAGUGAGUAGUCACCAAAUUUAUUCAGUGUUAAAUUUAAAAAUUAAUUAACUCAAUUUUAGCUACUUCGACAACUUUGCCACUUUUUUAUACAUCUUGGAACUUAAUUUUUAAUAUUUCCUUUACUAUAUAUGAAUUCUGCAUUGAAUGUCAUAAUAAAUGAAUUGUUUCACUGAAUAUAUUAAUUACUUACUGUAUUUGAAUACUUACUCUAAUAUUACUCGGCUGUUAAUUUUUUUUUUUGUUAUAUGUUUAAAUUAUAUCUUUUUUAAGAAUUAUUAAAGCUCAUGUAAUUCAGUGAUACUUAUGAUCCCACAAUCAAUAGUUUGGGCAUAAAAGUUGUUUUUGAUUGUGAAGAUUUUGCUGUUAACUAUGCUCAAGCAGUAUAACAAAAAUGUUGUUAACGAAGAUUUUCCUUAAAUUUGACUAAGUGAAAUGUAAUCAUUAUGUCCUUAGUGAACUGUUUAGUGGUACAUUGCACACUACAGACAUCUACCUCCACUAUAAUUAUUGUUAUUCUUAAUGCAGGCUUAAAAGCUCUACAAUUUAGAAAUCAAAUUAGAACAUAGUAUAUUUUUAAAUUGUAAAUAUUAUGAAUACUUCAAUGAGAAAAAACCUUGUGAAUAUAUGCUAAUUUUGUUUGAAUUUUUCAAGUGUUCUAAGGAACUGCACUUAAACAUAGAACAAAUGACAUAGGAGGACUAAGAUUUGCAGCUAUCAAACUGAUUCUGAUAGUGGAAGCUUUUAUAUUUAUAAACGAAUGCUUUCACAUAACUUUGAUUUCUUAAUACUCAUUUCUAAAUAGCUUUUACAGUUUUGCUGAAAAUUUACCCGAAAUAUUAAUGCAGCCUUAAAUUCACUUUGUGUAUAGAUAUAUUUACAUAACAUAUAAAAUAGAAAAUCUAUAAUCAGUUUUACUAGAUUCCUUUUUUUUUUAAAUCUAUUUUUAAAUAUUAUGUUGACUUUAUUUUUUGAAAUUUUUAUUAGUUCUAUAUUGAAGCAUUUUGGAGAUCUAAUUAUUUAUGAAAAAUUGAGACUGUUUUCUGCAAUUAUGUUUCUUUUUCUAUUAUUAAAUAUGGUUUAGAGCUAUUUCGUUAUAUAUAUAUGAAAAUAUACUAUAAUAAGAAUAGAUUAUUAUACAUAUUACAUUUUUUUUUUUUCCUUUUUCGAAAAUUUAUGAAUUUACUCUCAUUACUCUGAGGAAAACAAAAAUUAGUGUAUUUCCCCUCCUUUCUUAAUUUGGCACAAUAUUUUUACAUAGCACAUUAUGUCCCUUAUUAAGAAAGGCUGAAUUGAUAUUUUCUUCAAAUUUUUAGUACAUUUCCAAGUAAUGAAUGUAAAAAAAAGUAUAUGAAAUGCAUAAUGUUACCUCUGAUCACUUUAUGCAUUUUAAAUUUCAGUCAUAAUAAAAAUGUGAUUGUGUGCAAUAUAUAUAUAUACAUAUAUUAUUAUUAUUAUUACUAUUAUUUGUGUUUCUUGGAAAUUGUUUUAAGGCAAACUCCAUUUAUGUACCAUUUGCAUCUAAUCAUAGAACAAACAUUCUAGCAAAUGUACAGUUUCUUUGUAACAAUGCACAAUGUGUGUGAAAGGUAAGAAAACGUAUCAAGUGCUCAGGUGAAUGGCUUCCAUUUCAGGUAAUGUACUGCUCGAUUGGCAUCAAAAAACAAUAGUCCUUUGCUACAGCUAAAAUUGUCUCUGUGUCUUUCGGCUGGGUUGGACUGAAAUAUCGCGUGUUCUCCUUAGCCUUCAUACAUCUACAGGAAAGGGACUCCUGGUGAGAAGUACUUGGGAAGUUCCUUAAUUAUAUGUAUCAUACCUUUACACUCAUUAAUUUAUAUAAUAAAUGUGUUCUUGAAUCACA